AUGGCAACUCCAAGUUCGAAUCUCUCCACCAGAGGCCAGGUCUUCGCCUCGCCAGAGUAUAGGAUGCCUCUGCUAGAUAUCCUCUGUGACUCGUGGCACCCCGAGACGAACCCAGAUGGAUAUACGCUGAUGCACGAAGAAUUGAUGCAGCAUAUGACGGACAAUUUCAGCAUAAAUAGCCACUCUCUCACUUGCGGAGAUGGCUUCUCCGGCUCUCACCGUCUACGAAACGUUCUCGCUAGAUUCAUCAACCAGAACUUCAUUCCUCACGAAGCUGUGACAAAAGACCAACUAAUCGUCACUUCAGGCGUGGGUCAGGCGAUCGAGCUUAGUGGCUUCUCGCUCUGUGAUAAGGGCGAUGGUGUCUUACUUGGAAAGCCGUAUUACGGGAAUUUUCCUAUUGACUUUGGCUAUCGAGCUGAGGCGAAGAUUGUUAGUGUAUCUUUCGGGGAGGUUGACCCUUUCAGUCUUGAGACUGUGAAUAUAUACGAAAAGGCUCUGCUCGAGGCCCAACAAAAGGGAGUACGUGUUAAGGUGUUCCUCCUGUGCAACCCACACAAUCCUCUAGGUCGUUGCUAUACACCCGAGGUCAUAAAAGCCUACAUGAAACUCUGCCAAAAGCAUAACCUCCAUCUUCUCUGCGACGAAAUCUACGCUCUAUCAGUCUGGAAGAACCCCGCCGUUCCUAAUGCACCUGAGUUCACUUCAGCGCUUUCUAUUGAUACGGAGGGCUUGAUUGAUAAAAGUCUCGUACACUGCAUGUGGGGAAUGAGCAAGGACUUUGGCGCAAACGGUAUUCGAGUCGGUUGUUUGAUCACCCGUAAUGAAGACUUUAUGCGCGCUUGUGUCGCAAACUCAGAGUUCUCAGGUCCCUCGUCCCUCUCCGACCUAGCAGCCUCAAGCACCCUAUCCGACGAAAUCUUUCUAAAAGGUUACAUGGAAACAAACAGACAACGCCUAGCGGCGAACUACCAACUGGCCACUAAGUUCCUGAGAAAGCACAAUAUUCCAUACAAAGAAGGUUCCAAUGCUGGAUUAUUUGUUUGGGCUGAUCUGUUUGCACCUAAUCAAGCAUCAAUAGACUCUCUGGUUAACAAAGAAGAGGAGGGUCUCAAGAGAAUGGAAGCAAAGAUGACGGAUGUUUUGCUGAAGAACAAGAUCUUUGUUGCGGCUGGGAAUGACUUUGGUACUGAUGUUUCUGGCUGGUUCCGUGUUGUAUUUGCUCAUCGGCAGGAUUAUCUACUUGAGGGGCUUGAACGAAUGAAUCGGGCUAUUCAGAUGUUUGGUGUCGAGCUAAUGGAAGAAACAUCUGCUUGA